AUGCGGCUCUUGAUUUGGGCUUGGGCUGCUGCCAGCCUCUCUCUUGGCUGUGUUGCGUUGCUUGAGGAGCGAAUUGUUUCGUUUGAGGUCGAUGCUGAUGCGGCGGCGGCAAGCGCACAACUCGAUAUCGCCAGUGCUCCGAUUCUUGUCUCUGAGGAUGAUCCGAUUGGCGUUCAUAUUGCGGCCAACAGUCUGGCGAAGGAUCUUGAGCAAAUCACUGGAAUAACCAGGUCUGUAGCCAACGCGACCUUCGCCAGCAUCUCGAGCGAGGCAAACCGGGGCCCAUUCAUCAUCGCCGGCUCGGUCAAUUCGACAUUGAUCCGCGACCUGUCAUCUCAAGGCGUCAUCAACGUGUCGGAUAUUCAGGGGAAAUGGGAGACUUUCAAGACAACCACGGUUCGGCUUUCUGGCAGCAGACCUGCGCUUGUCAUUGCGGGAAGCGACAAGAGAGGUGUCAUAUUCGGGAUCCACACGCUCGCAGAGCAAUCAGGGCAGUCGCCAUACCAUUGGUUUGCCGAUGUGCCUGCCCAGAAACAUUCCCAAAUCUUUGCCCUCAACAAAACGACAGUUCAUGGCGAACCAACCGUCAGAUACAGGGGGCUUUUCAUCAACGAUGAAGAGCCGGCGCUGAACACGUGGUGGGCCCGUCAACACAACGCUACGCGAUAUCCUCUCGACACGGAAUUUUACGCCCGUGUAUUUGAUCUUUUGCUUCGUCUGAAGGCCAACUACCUCUGGCCAGCAAUGUGGAAAUCAUGGACGCCACCGCCGGGAAAUAUCUUUUUUAUCGAUGACCCUGGAAACCAGCAGCUGGCGGAUGAUUAUGGAAUCGUUAUUUCUACCGCUCAUCACGAGCCGAUGCAAAUGGCUACCAACGAGUGGAACGAGACGGAGAGAGGCCCGUGGGAUUGGUCCAAGAACAAGGCCAAUGUGACCAAGUUCUUUGAGGAGGGUAUCGCCCGUGCUGGCAAGAAUGAGUCUUACUUCACCAUUGGGAUGAGGGGUCUGGGAGAUGAGGCGGCGAAUACCCAGAACGCAAUCGAGAUGCUCAAGGAUGUGUUCAAGGUUCAGCGGGGGAUCAUCAAGAAGUUUCAUGGGUCUGAGACGGCUGUCAACCAGGUGUGGGCGCUGUACAAAGAGGUAGCCUCGUACUAUGACGCUGGUUUGGAUCCGGAUGGUGAUAUUACGCUAUUGUUUCCAGAUGACAACCAGGGGAAUGUUUACCGUCUUCCAACCGGGAACGAAACCGAGCGGCCAGGUGGGACUGGAGUGUACUUCCACUUUGAGUAUGUCGGUUUGCCGAGGUCUUACAAGUGGCAUAACACCAACAACCUAGGCAAGGUGUACAAGGAGCUGUUGCACUCUCACUUGAGAGGUGCAAAUAGGAUUUGGAUCAUGAAUGUGGGUGACAUUAAACCAAUGGAGUUACCGCUGAACCUGGCUAUGGACCUAGCUUGGGAUGCGUCGAGCAUUUCGUUUGACAGCAUCCCACAAUACCUGGUUCAGUAUGCCGCCAGGGAGUUUGGCCCUGAACACGCAGAGGAGAUUGGCGAUAUUCUUAUGGAGCACUCUCGUCUAGUUGGGAUGCGUCGAUAUGAGCACAUUGACCCGGCUACGUUUUCAACCACUGCUUAUCACGAAGCCGAACGGGUCCUCUCACGCUGGGACUACUUGGCGAGUCGCGUCAACAAUGUCACUGCACUUCUCCCGGCUGAGACUAAACCCGCAUUCUUUCAACUGGUCGGUCAACCGGUCCUCUCAGGGGCAACAUUUGUCUCGGUGGCCAUCAAGACAGCCUUCAACCUUCGAUAUGCUCGCGAAAGAAGAAACUCGGCCAACCUCCUUGCUUCCAGCGUUCUGGAGCACUUCGAAACCUCCUUUGACCUCAUAGAAGAAUGGGACAACAUGCUCGACGGAAAGUGGGCGGACAUGAUGUCCCAAGCGGUCUACGACGCAGUCGAAGAACCCAAAAUGUGGGCCAACCCAUCAAGAGACAUUCUUUCCAACCUCUCCUAUGUCCAAAUCCGACAAAACAUGCAAUUCUCUCUCGGCAACCUCGGUCUCUACGCCGAAGGUUCCUCUUCCCCUGCUGAACAAGGCCGCUGGGCCGAGUCAGUCGACGCCAGCAUGCCCACCACCAACUUUGCACCUCUACUCCCCCAACUUGACCCCUUUGCCGCACUACAGGAGAGGAUAGUGGAGGUUUUCCACAGAGGCGAUCAUCGCGUCCCUCUCAACUGGACUCUUGACCCUUGGGAGGAAGACUGGCUGCACAUCACCCCUACAGGCGGCACGUUGAACUCGACCCAUCCAGACGACAAAAUCGUCUUUUCCAUCCCCGACUGGUCAAAAGUCCCUGUUGAGUUUAACAAAACAGUUCUCAUCGGAGUCCGCUCGACACCGGCGCGAUACCCCUAUUUUGAUCAAAUCCGGCUUCCGGUCCUGAACUUUGUUCCCCCAAACACGUUUGAGGGAUACCCAGAGUCAUCAGGGGGUUACAUCUCCAUCGAGGCCCCUCAUUUCUCCCCUAACUUCUCCACCCCAAACACCUCCGACAUUCACUUCCUGGCUAUUUCCAACCUAGGCACGAGAUCAAACACCGGCUCUCUUGCCCUCCGGCCUUUCUUGUCUGCUAGGGGAGAUGUUCCCAAGGCGAAAGAAGUGAAGGCUGUAUAUCCCAUCUAUUUAUUUUCUGACAGCCCCCCGAGCGUGAAACACAAUGUUACUGCAACGGUGUUUAUCAACGCAGGGUUGGACACCGACCCGAGGCUCAAGAUGGAGUUCUCGCUCACGUUGGAUGAUCAGCCGGCGAGGUUUCAGAGGGUGUUGGGGGAUUAUGUCAAGAAUCCGCAUGCGGGGGAUAUACCGCCUGAGUGGUUGCCGCACGUGGCUGAUCAGGUGUGGACAAAAAAGGUUAAUUUAGGGGAGGUGGGGGAAGGGAGGCACGAGGUUGUUUGGAGGGUGAAUUCGCCAGAGGUGUACUUGGAGAAGAUUGUGGUUGAUGUUAGGGGGGUGGUGCAGGAUAGUUAUCUGGGGCCGGGGGAGACGAGGUGGGUGGAUGCGACGGAGGUUAUGGGGGGGGAGAGAAGGGGGAAGUGGGGGUGGAGGAGUAGGAUGGGGGUGGGAGGGUUGUGGAUGUGA